CUUGAGGAGGUGUUGCGACGCGAUUACCGGGUUGGGCGGGGCCCUUCUGGGAGGGGUGUGUGGGUGAGCCUGGGUCCCCCCGCCCGCCGAGGAGAUGGAUGAGGAUGGGCUUCCACUCAUGGGGUCGGGCAUAGACCUGACCAAGGUGCCAGCUAUUCAACAGAAAAGAACGGUGGCAUUUCUUAACCAGUUUGUGGUGCACACUGUACAGUUCCUCAACCGCUUUUCUACAGUGUGUGAGGAGAAACUGGCAAACCUUUCUCUUCGUAUCCAGCAAAUUGAAACAACUCUCAACAUUUUAGAUGCAAAGUUGUCUUCUAUCCCGGGCCUAGAUGAUGUCAGAUUUGAAGUAUCUCCUUUAGGUGUCACAAAUGAUUCACAUUCUGAAGCCACUUCAGAACCAUCACAAAACAGUACACAAGACUGUGGACCACAGGAAAAUGAAGUAUCAGCAGAAAAUAUCUUAACUGUAGCCAAGGAUCCAAGAUAUGCCAGAUAUCUCAAAAUGGUUCAAGUGACAGAGUUACAGAAAGAGGUAGAGAUAGAGAGAGAGGUCUUCCAUCCACUGGUUCACUCUUCAUAUGGCCACACCGGCUGGAACUGCGCCCAUCCGAAGCCAGGAGCGAGGAACUUCUUCCGGGUCUCCCACGUGGGUGCAGGGGCCCAAGGACUUGAGCCAUCUUCUACUGCUUUCCCAGGCCACAGCAGAGAGCUGGAUAGGAAGAGGAGCAGCUGGGACCAGAACUGGCGCCCAUAUGGGAUGCCAGCGCUUCAGGCCAGGGCUGGCCCUGAGGGUUGUUGUUUUUUUUGUUGUUGUUGUUUGUUUUUGUUUUUUGAGUAUGUGGGAUGGAAGGGAGAGUUUUUUGUGAUGUUUCAGUCUUACACUAUUCAUUGAAGACAAAAACUGCGUGUCCAGUGGUUUGAUUUCCAAUGUAUAUGAAUGUAAAGAAAAGGUGAAAGUAAGCAUUUAAUUAAUUGCCUAAUUUAGCCAACUUUAAAAAAUAAUUUUAAUUUAUUUUAUCUAUUUGAGUGGCAGAGGAAGAGACAGAGCACCCACUUACUAGCUCACUUCCCAAAUGCCUGUAACUUCUGGGCUGGAGCCAAGAGUUGGGAACACAAUCCAAGGCUCCUGUGUGAGUGGCAAGAGCCUAAUUACUUGAGCCAUCACUGCCAUCUCCCAGAGACUAUAUUGAUGGGAAACUGGAAUCAGGAACCAGAGCUUGGAAUCAAACCCAGGAACUUUAAUGUGGGAUGCAGGAGUCUUCGCCUCUAGGCGAAAUGCCCAUUCCCAUAGCCUACUUUGAAAUUGAAAGUAUUUUAUCCUUCCCAUCAAUUAAAUGGGUAGCCAGGUCUGUUUGACUACAAAUAAAACAAAGAUGCAAAGCUUAACAGAAUGGUGUACUAUAUAAGUAGUAACUUUGAUACAUGGACCUCAAGUGACCACUGAUAAUUACCCUUCUUCCUGUAUAUUCUAUCAUAUAUUAAAUUCAAGUACUUUUGGAUAGCACUUUUCCUUAAACAGAAAACUGUGACAACUACCAAUUAAAGACCCUGCUUUAGCAUAGCCUGAGUAUCCAGGGAACAUAGAAAUAACUUUUUGUCAUAUUUUUGGCAAAGAACUAAAAAAAAUUACUUGUUCUCUGCUAACGUCAGUGAGCUGGCCUCUAAAGAAACCAUGUGUGAAGAAUUAUUAUACCAGUCCUACAGAUUAUGAUUUUUCAAUCAUGUUGGCUGCCUUUUGUGUCCUCCCCAUGUUGCCUUGAAAGUUAGGAAGCCCAGAACCACUCAUACUGUGUAUGAAUUUAAUGUUCAGAAACAUUGCCUUUAGGUUCUGUAUUUGCCCUUUUAUUUCUUCUUUGUUUUUUAGAUUUUUCUUUAAAAGUUUGUUAGCAGUAAACAACAAUAUUGCUAAGUUCAGGUUUCAAGUUUCUUGCUGUUCCUGAUGUGUGAUAAAGAUUGAAGAUGGCAGGAAGUAUUUGCCACGUAAUGGGGGAGGUAUCUACAAAGUUAUAUGGUUUUCAUUAUCUAUUUGGUGAUAUAUGUGCCUCCCUUGUUUCUUAUCUGUUCUUCAUUGAUAUGAUUUUUUCCAUAAUCAUACAGCUGAAAAUAUUGUAAUACUAAUACAACAUAAUUUCUUAUUGUAACUUUCUUUUCUUAGAUGAUGUUCAGUUGCAUGGAAAUGUUGAUUUGUGAAUAAUUUGUUUCCAGGGACUAUUUGUUUACCAUAACUUUUUAUCUUUUGGUGCUUAUAGCCUAUGGAAAAAUGUAUUUUGAACUGUGAGCUUCAAAAUAUUUCAGAAGCAGAUGUUUAGCCUAGAGAUUAAGACACUGAGUACCUGGGUUUGGUACCCAGUUCUGGCUUCUGACUUCAGCCUCCUGCUAAUGCAGACCCUAGGAGGCAAAGAUGAUGGCUCAAGUUAAUUGGGCCCUGUCACCCACAUUGGAGACCUUGGGAGAGCCGGAUGGAGUUCCUGGCUUUCUAACUUCAGAGCUGCCCAGUCCUGGAUGAUGCAGGCCCUGGGGAAGUGAACCAUCAAGGAGGAA